AGAAGAUUGCUGCAGCGUGGGACUGGGACAGGGACUCAAUUCUCCGGUAACCAAACGGAGACAAAGCGCCUACGUUUCCAUUCUCAGUCGAAUCUGAAAAUCUCUGCGUCAACUAUGGCCUCGUCAGUCGCUCUGUCUCCACCCUCUACUUCAUGCUCUUCCUUCCCAGAAACACUAUCUCACUCCACUAAACCUAAUCGAAACAUGUUCAUCGUCCAAUUCCAGCUCCAUCGAACCUAUUCCCCUAUCCAAGCUUCCAGACGAAUCUCCCAUUUCCCCGAGGAAGGUAGUGGUUUGGUGGAUGAUCCGCGAAAUUGGGGCCGCAAACAAGGACUCUCCAAGGAAGAGUAUGACGAUUUUGAUGAAGAAGACGACGAGGAUAGCGAAGAAGAUCGGAGUUUGGAUCUCCUCGUGAGGUUCGUUCAGAAUGUGUUCAAGAAGAUUUCGAGGAAAGCGAGGAAGGCUGUCCGAUCUGUUCUUCCUGUAACCAUCUCCACCAAAUUGGUUGGUUUUUCCGUUGAUGGAGUGAUAAUGUUGGCAUUUCUGUGGGUUCUGAAGGCAUUCCUUGAGGUGGUUUGCACGCUUGGUAGCAUAGUGUUUGUAAGCAUCUUGUUGAUCCGUGGUAUAUGGUCGGGUGUAUCCUAUUUACAAGAAAGUCGCAAAUAUAGAGUGAAUGAAUUUGACGAUGAUGAUCAUGCAUGGACUGGGGCACAGCCUGCAUCA